AUGGUCGAACUGGAUGGCAAGACGCUGUAUGAGGCGCUGGGCGUGACCAAGGACGCCAGCCAGGCCGAGAUCCGCAAGGCUUACAUGAAAUUAGCGCUGCAGCUGCACCCCGACAAGAACCCGGGUGACGAGGGGGCCAAGGCCAAGUUCCAAACGCUCCAAAAGGUGUAUGCCAUCCUGUCAGACGAGGACAAGCGCAAGGUGUACGACCAGACGGGGUCCAUCGAGGACUCGGAGGAGCUGGCGGGGGAGAAGUUCAACGAGCUGUACCAGUACUAUCGGGCCAUGUAUGCCAAGGUGACAGAGGAGGACCUGGAUGCGUUCCAUGAGAGCUAUCGGGGCGGCGAGGAGGAGCGGGGCGAGGUGCUCAAGUACUACCAGCAGUUCAGGGGCGACAUGCGCAAGGUGAGGCUGGCACCCCCACACUUUGGGAUUUCUUGGCAGCUGGCAGCUGCCUUUUCGUAG